AUGGAGUUUCCUAUCACAUUCAUGACUGAUAAACAAAAGGGACUCUCCCAAGCAAUAGCACAGAUAUUUUCAUAUGCCAACCAUAGGCAUUGUGCCAGACAUCUGCACAACAACUUUAAAGUGAAUUAUCCUGGUGCACUAUUAAAGAGCCAUUUCUGGGUUGCUGUCAGAGCCUACAAUCCCAUUCAGUUCCAGAGGUCAAUGAAUGCCAUGAAGUCUCUCAAUAAGGAAGCCCAUGACUGGUUGAUGAAAAAUCCAGUAUCAGCAUGGACUAGACAUGCAUUUGACCAUAGGAUCAAGAGUGACCAUGUCGCUAACAAUAUGACAGAGUCUUUCAACCAGUGGAUAGGACAGUCAAGAAGCAAACCAAUCCUUACCUUGAUUGAUGAGAUAAGGUUGAGAUUGAUGGGUAGGUUACAUAAGAGAGAUGAAAUGGGUGUCUCAUUUGUGGAUAGGGUGACACCACAAAUGAAGAAGAGAUUGGACAUAGUACAAAGUGAGUCCAGAUUUUGUAUAGUUUAUCCUGCAUCCACAAAUCAGUUUGAGGUACAAGAUGGGAGGUACAAGUUUGUAGUCAAUUUGGAGAAUAGUUAUUGUGAUUGUGGAGUGUGGAGUGCUACAGGACUACCUUGCAAACAUGGUGCAGCAUCAAUUAAUUUUAAGAGAAAAAAGAUAGAAGAUUACUGUGAUGAAUAUUUUACAGUAGAAACAUAUCUAGAAGCACAUCAGACCAUGAUACACCCAUUACCAGAUGUAAGCCUCCUGUUGGAUGAUGAUAAUGAUGGCAAUCUUAUCUUGCAGCCUCCACCAUUGAGGAGGUUAUGUUUUCAUGGAAAGCAGAAGAGUAAUAAACAUUGUGAAACCAGCUCAUCUCAAAGGGUGACAAGGUCAAUGGCAUCUUCUACAACCUCAGUUGUCACUGCACAAGAGCAUAGAUUAGCAAAAAUGGCUACCAAGUUAGCCAAGAAGAAGGCAAGGAGGGCUGAGAAAGCUACCCAUGGUCCUCAUGAACCUGGACCAUUCUGA